CCAGAGUUGACCAAGUCUAUGUGGUUGAUCUUCGCCUCAGUCAACGAAUAGUAGGUCAGAAAGACAUCUAAACCGCUUGCCCAAAGUUCAAACACAUUUAAUUCAUCUCAACAAACUGGAAUACUCUAGGCCAGAGCGUUCGGCAUCCCGCAUUGUGCUCCACUUGAUGACGGCUUCCUCCCCCGCUUCUCCUCAGCCGAAGCUUCCCCAACCUAAAACAUUCAUACCUUGAACCUCACCCGGAACCCCAUCCAAGCAACAAUACUUGCCAUCAUGUCAACCAGACAAGCCUCUCACGCUGGAUCCUGGUACUCUGGUAGCAGUGGAAGUCUCACUCGCCAACUAGAUGACUGGCUGGCCCAAGUGCCAGAGUCAUUGGAUAAGGUCGGAUCGCUGCCUGUUCCUGGCGCUCGAGUGAUCAUUGCCCCACAUGCGGGGUAUUCCUACUCAGGACCCUGCGCAGCCUUUGCAUACAAGGCCCUUGAUCUAUCCAAGGCAAAGCGAAUCUUUAUCUUGGGGCCAUCGCACCACUAUGCACUGUCAACACUCGCUCUGCCCCAAGUCACCUCGUACGAGACCCCGCUGUCCAGCGACCCUCUGCCACUCGACACGGAGCUUAUCAGUAAGCUCCUAACUACUCAGGCAAGCAAGCCAAAUGGAACCAAGAUGCGAUUCACCACCAUGAGCCAGUCUGUCGAUGAGGAUGAGCACAGCAUUGAGAUGCACCUCCCAUACAUUCAUCGCCUCCUGCAGCUACAGUUCCCAAACACCCCGACGGCACAGUACCCGCCGCUCGUUCCCAUCAUGGUAGGAAGUACCUCUGCCGCGACAGAGCAGGCAUUCGGAGCCUUGUUAGCUCCGUACCUGGCAGAUCAAUCCAAUGCUUUUGUGAUCAGCUCGGAUUUUUGUCACUGGGGUCUCCGGUUCCGCUACACGUAUUACGUGCCAGAGGCUCCGAUGCCAGGACCAGUACUCCCAUUAUCGAGUGAAGAGCUACCCCAGCCAGGACAAGAUCCUGAUGACGUCUUGGAAAGCAUCGACUCGGUCUGCGCGGGACAUGCAUUACAGCGGCGUGAUCGGGUGCCGAGGACAGCGCCCUCGAUUCACGAGAGUAUCUCCGCAUUCGAUAUUGCAACGAUGUCGGCUAUCACGACUGGAUCGGCGGCCACGUUCCUCGACACCAUUGAGCGCACUGGGAAUACAGUGUGCGGCCGACAUCCAAUUGGAGUUAUCAUGGCGGCACUCGAGGUCGUGACGGCGAGUCAACCCAAGAGCAAGAAAGGACUCUUCCAUUUCCUUCGCUAUGAGCGCAGCUCGGAUGUAUCGGACGUGACGGACAGUUCUGUUAGCUACGUCUCUGCUGUUGCGGUUCUCUAAUCUAUUAGCUGUCUUUGUGGCUCUUUUUAUGAUGGUAUGAACGAUGAUCUAUUCAAUUGCUGUCCAGGAACCAGGAUCGGACUCGUAUGAUAGGCUAGUACAGCCAGAUUUUUGACUAGGAAGCUGCGCAUAAUUUCCACCAGACCACUGCAAUGUUUGGCCGGGUCACAGCUUCGGGGUUUUGACAGGGUCCGUCCUUACAUGUGAUGCAAGGGUUUGACCGGGUACCAAAUAAAGAAGAAACACUUGUACAGCACCCUUUAUGAUAAACGGCAUGUGUCACGGUUCGAGGGCGUUCACAAAAUUAACAGAAAACCACUAGAGCCAAGAAUGAAUGCUCCGGCCGAUCUCUGCCGGAUAUGCGCGGAUAGUCAAAAUUAGAAGUUCAGAACCUUGAUCACGGCGAUAGCAAAUUUUCAACAAACCAAC